UCAAACAAAAAUGUCAUAACAAUUUUUCGAUUUUCGAAAUUACUGAACAGAUUUAUUACAUAACCACGAGUAUAUUGCGUUUAGUGUUGAGGCUAUUUUCUGUUGAAUUUGUAUUAGAGGAAAGUUAGAAGUCAUUCAACCUGGUCUUCUAUAGAACAGUAAAAGUACACCUUUUCGAAGACGGUUGUCUCAUCAAAUUCCAGACCAUCAUAUUGUCUACAGGAAAAGUCCUUCAUAACUCCUCCAAGAAAUCCAAAAAUUGAAGCAUUCAACACUCUGAGAAUAAAAGAUAUGAGACGUGUCAAACAGAAAUCUUUUAACGACCACAGAUUUUCAACGAAACCAAUAAAAAACAAACCCAAUAAUUUGAAGAAGAUAUGCCGGAAGAUAACAUAUGGAGAACUCGAGUCGGAGAGCGCCUUCCUUUGUGGACCUUCAUACGUUGUGAAUAAUUUCAAAUUUAGAACUGCACUGAGUAAAUUAUUAGCCAGUCUUAGGGAGGCAGGAGGAAAAUGUACUGAUCUUUCAGUUAGUUAUAACGAUACUGUGAGUGGUACAAAUAUUGAACAACUUCAAAAUGAAAAUGAGCAACUGCAAAAUGGUUAGCACAAUCUAAUUUAGAAUAAACAUCAAAAAUGGGAAUAAACAACUUCAAAAUGGUUGACACAAUCAAAUUGGAAAUAAACAACUUCAAAAUGAGAAUAGACAACUUCAGAAUGGUUAACACAAUCAAAUUGGGAAUAAACACAUACGAAUUGGGACUAAAUCAUUCCAAAUUGAGAAAUGGAAUUUAUAUUUAAAUUUGAUAAUUCAAUGCAAUUGCCAAAUUAUAUAGUUACCAGACAGAUAAUUUAUAAGUGCUAUACCCUAUAAUAUAUAUGCCAGGUUACAGUUUAUUAGGAUGUAUACUAUUUUUGCUAUACAUAAAUGACUUGACAGGGAUUACAAUAGAAGAAUUGAUGAUACUAUUUGUUGAUGAUACAAAUGUAUUGAUCUCGGAUGCAAAUUUUCAAAAUCUAUUAAUCAAGACAACAAACAUUUAUAUGAGAAUAGAAGAAUGGCUGAAAGCUCGCAAGCUCAAACUAAACACUGCCAAAACAACUAUCAUGUGCUUCAGAACAAAACAGUCUACACAAAUUAUACCUGAAGAAUUAAAAAUUGUUGAAACAACUUUCAAACUCCAGGAAACUACGAAAUUUCUUGGAUGAACACCUUACUUGUGGAGAACACAGAAAAAACCAACAGCAGCUUGAACUGAGUGUGCUA